UGCGCCCUGACGUCAUCACCGCGGACCGCUGCUCUGGCGGACGCUUGUUGUCGCUCAGUGUUGCGGGAUUUUCGUUAACCCUCUCGUGCCCGGAGGCUGACACCCAAUGAGUCCGACCAGGGUGGGGCCUGGUUAAAAAGCUGCUGAGUGGGUGACCGCUGCUGGCUUAGGGGGCUUCCGCCAUCACACAGCCAAGAAUCGUUGGUGGAAAUUAUUUUGAAAUUGUUCAACUUCCCUGAGUUGGAAAAAUGAGUGGGUGCAAGCCUGAUAUUCUUUGGGCACCCCAUCAUGUGGACAGGUUUGUUGUGUGUGAUUCUGAGCUCAGCCUCUACCACAUAGAGUCAGCAGCCAGCUCCAGCUCUGAAUUGAAAGCAGGCUCUCUACGGCUUUCUGAAGAGACCACCGCCACAUUGUUGGCAAUAAAUUCUGAAGCACCUUACAUGAAAUGUGUUGCUUGGUAUCCAAAGUAUGACCCUGAAUGCCUUCUAGCAGUCGGACAGGCCAAUGGCAGAAUUGUCUUAACUAGUCUGGGCCAGGAUCACAAUUCUAAAUGUAAAGAUUUAAUUGGAAAGGAAUUUGUCCCAAAGCAUGCACGUCAAUGCAACACCCUGGCUUGGAAUCCCCUCGACAGUAAUUGGCUAGCAGCUGGAUUAGAUAAACACCGGGCUGAUUUUUCAGUUUUGAUAUGGGAUAUAAGUAGCAAAUACACUCCAGAUGUAACAACUUCAAUGGAAAAAGUUAGACUUUCAACUGGGGAGAGUGAAACUUUGGGGGUAGUGACAAAGUCUCUGUAUGACUUGGGCCAAAACGAUGCCUGUCUUUCUCUUUGUUGGCUUCCAAGAGACCAAAAGCUGCUCUUAGCAGGGAUGCAUCGUAACCUAGCUAUAUUUGAUCUGAGAAAUACAAAUCAAAAAAUGUUUGUAAAUACAAAAGCAGUCCAAGGGGUAACUGUGGAUCCACAUUUCCAAGACAGAGUUGCUUCAUUUUUUGAAGGGCAAGUUGUCAUCUGGGACCUACGGAAAUUUGAAAAGCCAGUUUUGACAUUGACAGAGCAACCAAAACCUUUGACAAAAGUAGCCUGGUGCCCAACAAGGACUGGAUUACUUGCUACCUUAACCAGAGACAGUAAUAUAAUUAGACUUUAUGAUAUGCAGCACACUCCCACACCCAUUGGUGAUGAAACAGAACCCACGAUCAUCGAAAGAAGUGUCCAACCAUGUGAUAACUAUAUAGCAUCAUUUGCUUGGCAUCCAACAAGUCAAAACCGAAUGGUAGUGGUGACUCCUAACAGGGCAAUGUCAGACUUCACUGUAUUUGAAAGGAUUUCUUUAGCUUGGAGUCCCACAACUUCAUUAAUGUGGGCUUGCAGUAGGCAGCUGUAUGAAUGCACAGAGGAAGGAAAAUCUACCUCUUCAGAUAGAGAUAUCGCUACUAAAAUGAGACUCAGAGCUUUAUCCCGGUAUGGCCUCGAUACUGAGCAGGUCUGGAGAAACCACCUUCUGGCAGGAAAUGAAGACCUUCAGCUAAAAUCCCUUUGGUACACCCUGCAUUUUAUGAAGCAGUAUGCUGAAGAUUUAGACCAGAAAGUUUCAACCAACAAAGCGGCAUUGGUUUAUGCUGGUAUUAAGGCAAUCACAAAGUCAUCCGUAGGAACUUCAGAGAGUUUCAAACACAGCUGGAGUGGCUCGGAUAAACAAGCUGAAGUGAUACACUAUUCCAGUGAGGAGAGAUGCUUGGCUCUGCAGCUUUGUGGUUGGAGGAAGAAAGGAAAUGAUCCGGACAUGGAACCAUUUUUGAACACUCUGGAACAGGAUGGAGAGUGGGAGAGAGCAGCUGCUAUUGCACUGUUUAAUUUAGAUAUUCGCCGUGCAAUACAGAUUUUGAAUAAGGGUGCAUCCACAGGAAAAGCAGACCUGAACCUAAAUGUUGUAGCUAUGGCAUUAUCUGGCUAUACCGAUGAGAAGAACUCCUUGUGGAGAGAAAUGUGCAGUACUCUCCGAUUACAGCUCAACAACCCUUACCUCUGUGUUAUGUUUGCUUUUCUCACAAGCGAACCAGGCAACUAUGAUGGGGUUUUGUAUGAGAAUACUAUGGCAGUGAGGGAUCGGGUAGCGUUUGCUUGCUUGUUCCUUAAUGAUACACAGCUCAACAGGUACCUUGAAAAACUAACCAAUGAAAUGAAGGAAUCCGGAAAUCUUGAGGGGAUUUUGCUCACGGGCCUGACCAAAGAUGGCGUUGAUCUGAUGGAAUGUUACGUGGAUAGGACUGGUGAUGUUCAGACUGCCAGUUACUGUAUGUUGCAGGGUUCUCCAUCAGAUGUUCUGAAGGAUGAGAGAGUUCAGUAUUGGAUAGAGAGCUACAGAAAUCUUCUUGAUGCUUGGAGGUUUUGGCACAAGAGAGCAGAGUUUGAUAUUCACCGUAGUAAACUCGACCCCAGCUCUAAGCCGCUAGCACAGGUAUUCGUGAGCUGCAAUUUCUGUGGAAAGUCAAUCUCGUACAGUUGUUCAUCAGUACCUCAUCAAGGCCGUGGAUUCAGCCAGUAUGGAGUCAGCGGAUCCCCUACCAAGUCAAAGUUUACCAGUUGUCCAGGGUGCCGCAAGCCUCUUCCUCGCUGUGCUCUCUGUCUCAUCAAUAUGGGAAAUCCUAUCUCUAGUAGUCCUGGAACCUCAAAAUCUGAUGAGAAAGUGGACCUCAGCAAGGAGAAGAAAGUGGCACAGUUUAACAACUGGUUUACAUGGUGUCACAACUGCCGACAUGGUGGUCAUGCUGGACACAUGCUUAGCUGGUUCAGGGACCAUACAGAGUGCCCAGUAUCCGCAUGCUCUUGUAAAUGUAUGCAGCUAGACACAACUGGAAAUUUGGUCCCAGCAGAGACAAUACAUCCAUAAAACGAACAUUCAUCUGCUUGUACUUGUAAACUGCAAAUCUGAAACAAAGCUAAGAAUUUGUACACUAAAAGAAA